CUAACCGUUUUAUCCUGCUUAACUCUUCAGAGUCGUCGAGUCCUUUGGCCACCAUGCAUCCCAGCCUCCUUGUGGUCCUGGUAUGUCUACCCGCGGUUCUUCUUCUUCCCGCCUCCACCUACACGACGAGGUUUGACAACGUCAACAUCGACCAGAUACUGAAGAAUGACCGGCUUCUCAGGAACUACUUCAACUGUCUCAUGGACCGUGGCAAGUGUACGCCUGAGGGGGAGGAACUUAAGAAGGCAGUCCCUGACGCACUGAAGACGGCGUGCGCGAAGUGUACCCCUAAACAGAAAGGAGGGACCGAGAAGGUGACCAGGUUCCUGAUCUCCAAGAGACCUAAUCUUUACCAGGAGCUGGAAAAGAAGUAUGAUCCUCAGGGAGUGUAUCGUCAGAGGUAUCGAGCCGAAGCAGCACAACAUGGCAUCAAGGUUUGAGCGAAUCAAAUGAACAAUUCAUCAAGAACAGUUCUUCAAGAACAGUUCUUCAACAGUUCAUUUGUUACUCAACAUCCGCGUAUACAGUUUUAGGGUAGACUUCCGUAUCUGUUAGCACAAAAACCGAAUGAAAAUAUUGAUUGAUAUAUCGAUUAUUCGAUAUAUCGAACGAAACAAUCGAACGAUCGAUAUUUUCGUUCGGUUGUUUGUGCCAACAGAUACGGAAGUCUAUCCCAAUUUUAUGCAAGAACUUAUGAUUGAGAUUAUGAUCUAAUUAUGAUAUGAAAAAUUCAUUUAGGAAGUAGUUCUUGAACUCUUUUUUUUAUUAACGGUUGUGAUGAGUUAAUGAACGAUUCAGAAGAAAACAUCGCUGAAGAUUUUUUGAUCAACAACAUUAGUCAAUUUAAUAAAUUUAAAAUAAGUUGUUUCUUCUAUAUUUGCUAUCGAGAGACAUUUUCCCUUUGUACAACUAUUAAAAGGGUUUUCUAACAACAUUAAUAAGUUCAGGAGUUUUUUUAGAACAUUUAGUGAUUAAAUGUGGCGUCCAUACAGUUCUUUAUUGUAUCCUUUUCACUUAUAAAAUGCCAAAAUAAAUUACUUUUA